UACACACAGCACCCGGCUAAAUUGUUUUAACCCAAUGCGGCCCCCCAAGUCAGAAAUUUGGGGGACCCCCCAGUUAGACUUUGGUCUCAGGUAAGGAGUUAAACUUUGUUUCCUUCACGCUCCUUACCUGACACCACAAACUCUAGUUGAAGAUAAAUGAUUAGAAAUGAAACAUUUUGAUGAAUGAUGUGAUCAUUAAGAGUAUUGAUAAGGACAUGGCAGCUGCAGCACGUGAGAGGUCAAAGUUUCACAAGCUUUUCUUUUGUUUUGUUUUGUUUGCAAGACACACACCUGUGCUCAGGUGAGCACGCCUCUCACUUCCCAAUAACUCUUAUCUCUGCACACUUCUCUGGAAUAGUCUCACCGACUAUUUAAGAACAGGACACACACACACACUCUCACUUGUAAACGUUCUGCCUGGAAGUCGAUGCCUAGAAGAAGCAGAAGCAGAAGCAGGAGAAGUAGAAGAAGAAGAAGAUGUCUGCCAGCAGCAGCAGCAGCAGUGUGAUCCCAGAAGAAGACGACAUGGAGUGUGUGAUUUGUUUCCAGACGUAUUGUCUCCAGCAGCGGGUUCCACGCAUGCUGCACUGCAACCACACCUUCUGUGCACCGUGUCUGGAGAGACUCUCCCACCUGGAAGGUGUGAUCAGGACCAUCUGCUGCCCGCUCUGCCGCUGGAUCACCUGUGCCAGGGCCAGCCUCAGCCUGCCCGCUGCCUUGUGGGUCAACACCCACAUCUGGGACAUGAUUGCACACAGAGAGCAGCAGGAGAAGAAGAAGAAGGAGAAGAAGGAGGAGAAGAAGAAGUCAACGUGGAGGAAGCAGAAGGACCAUCGUCUCAUCCAACCCAUCUUAGUGGAGUCCAAGUCCCCAGAGGUCAAGUGGAGGUUCCAAAGAAUGUUCCGCUGCGUGUCACAGACUUAAGAAUGUUGGCAGAAGUGGAUCUGCCGCUGCUCUUCUUCUUCUUCUUGUCACUUCCACCAAGUUUGUCACUGGUCCUGCAAGAAGUUUCACUGUACAAAAUGUACAUUACUGCAAGGUGAAGAUUUUGCCAAUUUUGACUGUCAAAUCUACAAUGUGAACAUUAUUUAUCUUUUAUAUUUAUUGCUGAAAACUAAUGUCAUGUGAAAUCUUUCCUUUGUUAAAAAAAUGGAUCAAAUACAUAAAUGUGAUUUUUUUUUUUAUACCAAUUUCU